UUUCCGUCUGGUGUAUUAUUAAUCAAUUUUAACGGGGAGAGAAAUAUAAAAAGACUAUUGCUUUGUAAUCCUACAACCCCUAUUCUUCUUCUUUCUCGAAAACCAUGUCUGAUAAACUUGUCCUCUACAAUGCUCCUGUUUGCCCCUAUGCUCAACGUGCUUAUAUUGCCUUAAAGGAAGUAGGCGCUGAAUUUGAUGUUGUCAACAUUGACUUGCUUAACAAGCCUGAUUGGUACAAGGAUGUCAACCCUGAACUCAAGGUACCUGUCUUGGCUACUGAAGGUCAAAACCUUGCGGAAUCCCUCGUUAUUGUCGAAUACAUCAAUGACCGUUUUCCCGAGAAAAACUUGUUACCCAAGGAACCCAUUAAGCGCGCCAAUAUUCGUUUCGUGAUUGAAUAUUUCGCUUCCAAAGUUGCACCUGAAUUCUAUAAAUUACUCGUGAACUUCAAGGCUGAAAAUGCAAAGGCCGAUUAUGAGAAGAACCUUAAUACAGCUUUGGUUCGCCUCGAUGAACUUUUAAAGCAACAAUCUGCCACAGGUCCUUAUUUCCUCGGUGAACAAUUCUCUUUGGCUGAUGUUGCUAUUGCACCUUUUGUCAUUCGUAUUCAUACUAUCAACCAAACGCUCUUGAACGGUCUUGAAUUAGAAACUGUCAAGUCUAGCCCCAGACUUACUGAAUUCAUCAAGGCUCUCAUUGCAAGACCUAGUGUUCAAGAAACAUGGAUCGGUGACAAGGAAUUGGUUACUUUCCUUCAAAAGCGAUUCAUUGACAAAGAAUAAUUUCCUUGUAUAUAUAAUAAAAAAAUUGUAAAAAUAUGAA